UCCAAGUAAAGGGUGUCCAAACUUUUCGGCCUGUGGGCCCACAUUGUCAACUCAGAAGCACUCGAGAGCCAAAAAAUAAAUGACAACCAAAAAAAUAAGUUCAAUCCCCUGCACUUGUUCAAAAUCUGAUCAUUUUAAAGCAAAUUUGAAUAAAUUCUAAUCAGGUUUUAAUGCACCAAAGUGCAUUUGAGUAACAGUCACGGGAUAUCUGUGGUCCUUACUAGAAAAUUAAAGAGAAUGUAAUAAGACAGGUAUUAUGUGCUAGUGCAAUGCCAAGCUGGGAAGACAUCAGCAAUGACACUCAGUCUGGGCGGGGUUAUAACAAUCACACAUCCUCAAGCCCAUCAGAACUGGUAUGAGGUUCUCAUGAUGUGGUGAGUUUGUGCAAAAAAAUCAAAUAUAUAUAAAUUUGAUACCAGCUUUAUGUUCUAACUGUAUUUACACACACUAUCAACUUAAUGAGAGUGAUGGGAGGUUUUGUUGUACGCCUGUUUUAAACAGUGUGGUUUAAAAGAUCCCAGGGUCCCACGAACUCAUGAAGUCUGGCAAGUCUGAAAUUUGAAAGUAGAGUAGGAAAGAAUAUUUACAUUUCUGGCCUUUAUUUCUUUUUCCAUUGUCAUAUUUCUGUUUAAAUAAUGUUUGCUUACAGAGGAAUCUCAUCCGUCUCUCCUUCUGUUCUCCUUCUCUCCAUUCGUCCAUCCUUUCUUCUGUCUGGUUGUUGCAGGUCCCAUGUUUAAAGCCUGAUUAAAAUGCUCUUUGGGUCCUGAUGGAACGGCAAAAAAAUAAAUCUCAAUGAAGCCGGUGAUAAACAGAGAAAAGAGGGUCAGGGUUCAUCAAUAAUGUGAGAUCCUGAUGAAGUCGUACAGAAAGGGUUUUUUUUCACUGGGACCAUGCAAGGCCACAUGCAGACAGUUCUAUUAAAUUUUAUUUAUAUAGCGCCAAUUCAUGGAACAUGUCAUCUCAAGGCACUUUCCAAAGUCAAAUUCAAUAAGAUUAUACAGAUUGGUCAAAAAAUGUCCUAUAUAAGGUGGCAGUUUAUCUUUUAGCGGGUAUAGAAUAAAGGCUUCUUCGCAGUAGGCAUGGCGGGGGCCGGGGCCCACCUCACCUCCACGGCGGUUAAUGAGCAGCCGUCCAUCUUUGAAGUUCUGGCUCAGGAGUCUCUGAUGGACGCGGUCCGACCGGCGCUGAGACACGCGGUCAAGGUUCUGGCUGAAUCCAACCCGUCCCGCUUCGGCGUCCUGUGGAGACACUUCAACGAGCUCUACCUGCUGCUGGACGUGGUCCUGCAGAACCAUUUCCUGUCCCGCUGCGGCGCCUCCUUCUCAGAGAACUUCUACGGACUGAAGAGGGUCUGCGUAGGGCGGGGCCUUCCCGAGGGGCGGGGCCUUCCCGCUGGCCUGGGGCUGCGGCGGGGGUCCCGCUGGCGGUCCCUGCUGCUCCUGUGCCUGGUGCCGUACCUGCGGGCCAAGCUGGAGGCCACGCUGGCCCGGCAGAGGGAGGAGGAGGACUUCUCCAUCAGGCUGGCCCAGAGCAGGAACCAGAGGCUGUACCGAGCGGCGGUGGCAGCGUACCCGUACGUCAGCUCGGCCUGGCGGGCCUGGACCUUCUGCCAGCAGCUGCUUUACGUCUUCGGAGUCAGCAGGACGCACGGUCCCCUGCUGUGGUUGGCCGACGUCAGACUGGCUCGGCUUAACGCUCAGGACCUCAGAGAGAUGGAGCAGAAACCCAGCGGCACUCAGCCGCCGCCUGAUGGCAGACUGGUGCAGAGAGCGUGGUGGCUGAUGUCUCAGGCCACACGGGGCGUGGCGCUCUCCCUCUCCAGCUCCCUGUCCGUGGGCGUCUUCUUCCUGCAGUUCCUGGAGUGGUGGUACUCCUCGGAGAACCAGAGCACCGUGAAGGCUGUCACCUCCCUGCCGGCGCCUCCACCCCCGCUCCAUCUGCAGGAGGAGCGCGGCGACCAGAAGAACUGCCCGCUGUGCCGAACGCUGCGCACCAACUCCACGGCGCUGUCCACGUCGGGCUUCGUCUUCUGCUACCGCUGCAUUCACGCCUACGUCAAGGCCAACCGGCGCUGCCCGCUCACUGGGUUCCCCUCAGAACCGCAGCACCUCAUCAAGCUCUAUGAGCCGGAGAGUUAGCGCUGUGGAGCUGAGUUCAGGUGUUUACUCUGUCUGCUGGAGGAGCGUGGCCUUCCUGUCGGCUACAGUCUCACACAGCCUGCUGUCAGGAGGGAAAGUUUUUCUUCUAUGUGGAAGCUAAUUUAAUACCACUGCUGAGAAAUUCUGGUCUGAUUCAGAUGUUUGUCUUUAUAAAUAUUUAUUUAUUCAAUGAAAGUAAUAUCGUAUAUUAUAGCGCUGCUAAUAAAAUCUUACUGUCAGUUUCCAUUUUGGAUCUCAGAGGAGGAAAUUGGCAAAAAAAAACAAAAUGGUAAAAAUUGAGAAUUGAUUCAGUUGACUGCUUUUUUAUAAUUUUUUAUAAUUAUUUCAUAACUUCAAAUAAAAUAAAUCAGUAAGCCUAUCCAUUACUAGUGGAGGAAUGAUUUACUGAAUACUGUGCUUUAAUAAAGGAUGUUCCCCCA